AUGGCGACGGGACCUCCACCCGAUUAUUAUGCGAUCCUGGGCAUACAGGACACGGCGACGGAGCAGCAGGUUCGCGAUGCGUACAAGCGCGCCGCCCUCAAGACGCACCCCGACCGCGUCGCCACCGACUCGCCCGACCGCCCCGCCCGCACGCGCAAGUUCCAGCUCGUAAACGACGCCUACUUCACCCUCUCGGACGCCUCCCGCCGGCGCGAGUACGACACCCAGCGCCGCCUGUUCCCCGGCUCGCGCAGCAGGAAGAAGAAGCCCGCCGCUGCGUCCUCCUCCUCGGGGUCCUCGUACGCGGACCCCUUCGCCGAGUACGACGAGUCCGCCGACGAGGAGAUCCCGCCGCAGGGCGGCAACGACACUGCGGGCGCGGGCAACGCCUACUCGUGGGCGUGGAACUUCUUCACCGGCCGCCAGAAUGAGCAGCAGCGCCACGGGGCGGCGGGCGACCGCCAGCAGACGGAGGAUGCGCAGUUCGAGGACGUGUUCGAGGAGAUGAUGCGCGAGGAGGGCAUGGCCGAGGGGGACGGGUCCAACGCGCCGACGGGCAAGUUCUGGUCGCUGCUCGGCGGCGUCAGCGGCGGGGCCCUCGGCUUCAUCGUCGCCAACGUGCCGGGCCUCGUGGCCGGCGCCGUGGCCGGCAACAGGCUCGGUGCCGUGCGCGACGCCAAGGGGAAGAGCGUCUAUGCCGUGUUCCAGGAGCUGCCGCAGGAUGACAGGUCGAGGCUGCUGAGCCAGCUCGCGGCUAGAGUAUUCAGUCACGCCGUCGGCGUGUAG